AUGGCAUCACCAUCCGCCCCUAUAAAAAUAAUUCUAAAGUUCACCAAGCCGGCACCACGUCCGCCAGCCCCAGUCAACCUCACACCCACGGGUAUGAAGAACCUCGUUGGUGCAUUGAGCAACACCAAGGACGAGAUCAAGAUCGACUACGAGGGAAUGAAGCAGGCCCUAGGCCUCAGCUCAAAGUCGAAGAAGCCUCCGCCUCCUCCGCCGCCCCUACCGCCGCCGACGAGGUCUGACGAGGUUGAAGAGGACGACGAGAACGACGAGGAGGAGGACACUGCAGAUGACAAAGUCCCAGCCAAGAAGCCAGCUGCUGCCGCUACCCCUGCUGCAAAGCGCGGCCUUGAGACCGAGGAUGACGACGAAGAAGACGACGCCGGGGCAAGGCCAGGCAAGAAAGCCAGAAAAUCUACCUAG